AGGGCCAAGAAGAGGAGGAGGAGGAGAGUGUCCGGCGGCGGAGGAGAGGGGAGUGCCCGCGGACUGAUUCUAGCUUUCCGGGCGGGGUUGCGCGCUUGCACCGCCCCUGGAUCACCGAACUCUCCCGCCCCGUCUGGGUGCCUGCAGGCUCUGGUCCGGGCUGAAGCUUUCGCUUUCUGUCCAACGAACAACGCAGGGUGGCCCUUCCUAGACCCGGCCGCUGGGGAAGCCGCCUCCUUACCUUGCCGUGCUCCGCCCCGUUCCUCCGGGGACACCGGAAUGGAGCCAGCCGCCGUCCCCACCUGGAUAACUCUCGCCGUCGGAUUUCUGCUCUGGGCAUUGGGGGAUGCGGUGCCCGUCCAGGUAUCUCUUCCUUAUUCCCCACAAGUGAAGGGCAAGUGCGGAGAAAUUGAGUAUUAUAGUGACAAGAUCCAGAUGUGUUGUGACAAGUGUCCCCCAGGUCAACGGGUGUUGGAAUUUUGUACUAGAAACUCGAAUACUGUCUGUGGGGACUGUGAGGAGGACACCUACACGGAGGUCUGGAACUGGAUCAGGGAAUGCCACAGUUGUCGAAGACGCUGUAAUCGAGAUUUGGUGGAGACUCAGAACUGCACUAGAAGGGAAAACCGUAUGUGUGGCUGCAAGUCUGGAUCCUUCUGUGUGACGGGGAAUCAGGGCACUUGCCUACAGUGCCUCAAGUUUGCCAAGUGUCCUAGGGGCUCUGGAGUGGCCGAGCAAGGAACCUCGAAUUCAAAUGUGAAGUGUGUCCCCUGUGCCCCUGGAACCUUUUCAGACACCAUAUCAUCCACAGACACUUGCAAGCCCCACCGAGUAUGUCACUCAGUGGCUGUUCCUGGGAAUGCGACCUCAGAUGUUAUCUGCAAUGACAUGGUCCCUGUGACUACUACGGCAGAUACACCUCUCUCCAAGCCUCAGCCCAAGUUCAUGAAUCCCAUUAAGAACAAUGUAGGCACCUCUCCCCAACCCCAGCCACAACCGACCCUCCACCAGGUCAUUUCCAAUGACUCUACUCUUCCGCUUGGGUGGAUUUUAGGUCUGAUGGUCUUAAUUGUGCUACUCCUUGGUCUGGUUUCCUGCUUCACGUUUUCUCAGAGAAAAAAGAAACUAUUGUCCUGUAUCAAAGAGGAAACCAAAGUGCCUCACCCAACAGUUGAGAAGUCCCAGAGCUUUUUGGGCCACAAUGGAACAGAGCAGCAGAACCUGCUAGGCUCAGAGGCCACCUCCAGCAGCAACUCCCUGGACAGUAUGCUGAGCUCUGGGGAAACCAGGGAAUUCCAGGAGGCAAAGGGAGUGGAAAACCAUCCCCGCCAAGCUCCAAACUCAGAGAAAUCCAAGUGUGGCCAAGAAACCAGAGCUGGCUCCAUGGAUUCAGAACACUCCCAUGGUGGAGGGACCCAGGUCAACGUGACCUGCAUCGUCAACGUGUGUAACUCAGAUCAUACUUCCCAGUGUUCAUCACAGAGCAGCUGCCCUGACUUUGAAGCCAGGUCUUCUGGUUCCCCACGGAAUGAAGAUGUUCCCUUCUCCCAAGAGGAGAGCCCCAAGAAAGGCAAGCCAGGCUCCCAGAAUGUCCUGGACACCCUCCUGCCAGAUUUAGAGGAGAAGCCACUUCCCAUUGGGAUACAGGAUAUGGGCAUGAAAUUCAGUUAACGAGCUGGACCCUUUGUCUCUCCCUUACUGGAAGGAUCUAAGCAGAAGCUGGGUGACUUUGUCAGAACUCUCCAAGGGGUUGCUGUACUUUUUUGAGGUUCACCUUUUUUGGUGGGAUUGUGUUGCUCUUCUUGGGCCAGCCUCCAUCCUUCCAUGGGCCUUGCUCCUCCUAGGCCUGUCUCUUGACUUCUGAGAAGGGGUCAGAGAGAAGAAUAUGAAUGCCUUUGACUUGGUUUCUCCCCUUUCUCAAUUUCCUUAUCCUGCUUUGUCUUUUCCAAGAUGCAUCAUGGUUCCUGAGCUGGGUGCCAAGUACAUGUGGGUCUCUCUCUCUCUCUCUCUCUCUCUCUCUCUCUCUCUCUCAGUUCCACCGCUAAAGAACUUUGCAAUCUCGGCUCAGCCAUAUUUCCUAUCUGUGCCUUGGUUUCCUCAUCUGUCAGAAGAAGGAGAAGUACUAGAAGUCUACUUCUAGAUGCUAAAUUCUUGGUAAAUGAAGGAUACUCUUAGAUCUGUCUUCUCCACGAAGACUUCAUUUUAUCCUCAUAUUCCUCAGCUAGGCUGAGAGGAAGAGAUAGCUGGACAAUCCUGGGUCAGAGAUGGGAUUAAAACCUCUUGGCUUAUUAAAAAGUGUAAUACAGCAGAAAUACCAUGAAUUUGGAGUUAGAAGAAUUAGAUUCAAAUCAGGUUUUUUUUUUGCUAUUUAUUAGCUAUACAACCUCAGACAAAACUCUAGACCUCUCUGGACCUCAGUUUCCUCAUCUGUUCAACCAGAAGAUUGAUUAGAUAUCCUCAAAAUUUCUUCACAGUGUUAAAACUAUAAUUUUAUAAACUGUAGGGCCCUGCUGGUGGUGGUGGUAGGCAGGGAGUCCGUCUCAGACACUGAGAUUUCAGUGUCUUGGGAGAAUACUAAGAGGUUUAGGAUAGAAGUGAGAAGGGAACUUCUCAGACGCUCAUGUUGGGGAGAAAGGUUUGAUUUGGGGGUUGACUUUUGUGAUUCAAGAUCUAUGAUACUUGUAACCACCAUAGAAGGUCAGUGAUCAAGACAUUCUCGAACCUGCUCCCAUUACCCUCCCAUCUUGGAAACUCAUUUGGAUUUUACAAUCUGAAGAGAUCAUUAUAUGGUGUCUUGUCUUUAGCACUGACUCCUUUUAUUUAAGGAAUAUGGUAUAGGGCAAUGGAAUGAGUAAUCUGGAACCAAAGGGCCAGGUUAAAGCCUUGGCUCUGCUACUCAUUCCCUCCCUCUCUGGGCAAAUAACUUGCCCUCUCUGGGCCUGUUUCCUCAUCUGUAAAAUGACAGGGGUUGACUAGUUCACAUCUAGACCACCUUUCAGCUCUAAAUCUAUGACUCUGGGAGGAAACAAGAAUUGGAGCUUUUUAAGGCCCCAAGAGCCAUUCAAAAUCUACUACCUCAAAAUUGGGGGCCUAUCCUUGGCUCUGUACUUUUUGCUUCUCUUCCCUUCCUCUCUUACCUCAGCAUCCUGGGGCCCAGAAGAAACAACCGGGCCACAUUUAUGGCCCAAAGACCUGAAAUUUGUGUUGUGAGAAUUUGUAUAUUUGUGUGUGUUUGCUGGAAUUGUUUUCUGUUUAUGAGAGAGAGUGCUAAGCAGAAUGUCCUGUUCAUUUCUUUUUUUUCCCCUGAGGCAGUUGGGAUUAAGUGACUUGCCCAGGGUCACACAGCCAGGAGGUAUUAAGUGUCUGAGAUCACAUUUG